ACUGAGGACCACUAGGACAUGACUGACCACUAGAGGAUGAGUGGGGACUACCAGGGAAUGACUGGGGAUCAUAAGGAGAUGAUUGGGGACCACCAGGAGGGAUGUUGGGCAAUCAUCAGGAGAUGACUGUGGACCACUAGGACAGGUCUGACCAUCAGGGGACAAGUGGGGACCACAAUGGGGACAAUUGAAAGUUGACUGGGGACCACUAGGACAUCACUAGGGCAUGACUAGGACAUCCUGGUCUAGUGGUUGGUGACCCUGCCUGUGGAAGGGGGUUGAAACUAGGUGAGAUCCUUGAGGUCCUUUUCAACCCAGCCAUUCUAUGAUUCUAUGGUUCUGUGAUUCUAUGGUUCUAUGACUGACCAUCAGAAAAUUAAGGGGAACCACCAGGAGAUGACUGAGGACCACCAGGGAGAAUGUUGGGAAACCAUCAGGAGAUGACUGGAAACAGCUGGGACAUGACUGGGGACCAUGAGGAGAUGGCUGAGGACUAUUGGGAAUGUUGGGCAACCAAAAGAUGAUUGAGGGCAACCAGGAGAUGACUGGUGACCAUCAGUGGAUAUAGGGUAAGCACUGGGGUAUCGGCCACCAUGAGAUGUUGGGGACCUCAGAGAAUCAAGUCCUUGGUGCAUGCUGGGUCUGGCAGAGGAGGGCUGGGGCACUCACCAACUUCUGCAUGUUGGCUGCAGGCGGAUGCACUUUGCUCCUCAGCUUGUUGUGCAGUGAGAGCACCAAGAAUGUCUCCUUCUCGCUGAGAGCUGCAGAGGGUAAGGUGCAGCUGGGUUGCUGGUCCCUUGCGGCAGCCUUGGUUAUGGGAAGGCACCCGGGUCUCCAUGGAGACCAGAGGGGAGUGAAGGAAGCACUUUGGGACAGGAGCACAAAGGGGACAGGGGCUGGGGAGUAGCAGAGACUGCCAGGAAUGCACCCGAUCCUCAGUGGGGGGGGGUCCGGCACAGCACUGCCUUCAUCGUGUUGCACUUGUCACCAGCCCAGAGCCCAUCCCUGCCCCACAUCCCCAGCCCCAGCCCCACAUCCCCAUCUCCAGCCCCACAACCUCAUCACCACCCGAGCCCCCUGCCUGUUUAGGUACAGGGCAGGAGAACAUCCACCCCAUCCCUUUGGGAACGAUGCCUCGGGGCUCCCAAGCUGCUUUUAGCCUGAUGUGAGCGGAAAGCCCCCCCCACCCCCUCUUCCCAUUACCUCGGGGUCCUGGAGCCAGUGGGGACAGCUUCUCCGACUCACCCACCCUCCAGGCCAGGCAGGCCAGCAGCACCAGCAGCAGGCCAGCCAGACCCCUGCUGUCCUCCAUGCUCACUAAAGGGAGGACUGCGGAGGGAAGGGAGGAUUUGGGGAGGGACGAGCCAGUCCUGCGUGCCUGCGUGUCUGCUUCCAAGAUUUGAUCCUAUUCAGGACUUCAGACAGGCGCUGCUGGUCAGCUUGAACAAAAGGUUGACGGGUGAGUAAUAGCUCUGUCAAAACAGUCCCAGGCAGUGGAGACAGCUCGGGGGGCCCCUCGGUUCCAGCCCCUCUACUGCAAAGGGGUCGGGAUCGCAGGCACUGGGCAUCGCCCCCCAGCCCCACUGCCUGCUCUCCUCCUGCUCCAUGAAUUAAACAUGCUGGGGAGGUAAUGCACACUGCUGGGGAGGGAGCUGUGGGCACAAGGCCAAAUUCCCGCUCCAGUGAGCUGGGCAACGCGGAUACGGGGUGGGCGACAGUGGGAGGGAUGCUCGGCGUUGGGCAGGGGGCCCAGAACCCCCUCUGUUUGAGUGCUCGGGGGUCCCUUGGCACAGGGCAACGUGUGAGUCUCCAAAAUGAAAGGUCAGUGUAGCCCAUGGGUUUCCUGCAGAGCCUCUGGCAUCCCCACCAGCUGCGCCAUUUGGGAUGGGGAGGAUCAGAGCCUCCCCAGCAGCCCAGCCCAGAGAGCAGCCCAUGUCCCUUCUGUAUGCCUUCCUGCAAUGAGGGACAACGCUGGAGCCUCCCAUGCAAGGCAGUCCAGGAUCCUCCCUCACCCUAACACUACCCUAACCCUAAUGUUAUCCCUCACCCUAACACUGAUGCUGAUCCUGAGUCUAACCCAAUCCCAGGCUGCAAUGCAGCCAAGCUACCCCCCACCGAGUGCAGACCCCAAAGCCAACUCUGGUCCCAGGAGCCCUCCCCGUGCUUGGCAGAUGCUCCAGAUCAGCUCCAUACCACACACCCAUUGUGCCACGUGCACUGAGCACCGGUGAGGCUGUGAGCACGGUGACAGCCACCGCCUGGCCCCGGCCAUCCCAUGUGAGCAGCAGCAUGCCACAGCCGCAGGGAAAGCCAGCAUCUGCUGCCCGUGUGACAUAAAAGGCCCCAAACCUUCUGAUCUGUGGAGAGGGAAGGGAGAGGCCAGUGCUAGUGCCAAGGGGAAACUUUCCUAUGGCUCGGGCAGGGGAAAAAACAACAAACACUCAGGCAUGCAGGCACACACAGAGAUUAAAUCCGGUGAGCGGAGGAGCAGGCUGUGAGCGAGUGACUGAAGGAGGUUGAACUGGGCUGGGAGCUUGGGGAACAUCCCGGAGCCCCUGAAAUCCAGCAGGUCUGUGGGUAAGGGUGGCUGUGGGGUGAUGCCACAUGGUGGUCACAGUGCCAUGUCACUGCAUGGAGGGUUGUGGGACAGUGGUGGGGGUCUCUGGGUGAUGUGGCUGCAAGAGCUCGGGGUGGGGAAGGGAACACCACCUUGAUUCCACCCUGAUGGGGCUGUGGUGUGGGGCAGGAUGGAAUAUUGGUGUCUCGUCCUUGCAGCCAGCUGUGCCGCGAUGCUCAUCCCACUGCCAGGCUGGGUGGCCCUGUGCAUCCUGCAGCUGUCCCUCGGCAGAACCCAGGAGUGCCUGAGCCACCAGCAAGUGCUCAGCACCGUGCGGCAGAUGCAGAAGCUGCUGUCGGCACAGGAGGCUGCCCACCUCCAGGGCACGCGCAGCCUCAAGAAGCAGCUCUCAGUGCUGCACAGCCGCAUCCAGAGGCUCGCUGGCAAACGUAACGACACCUGUCCGCAGCUGGCGGUGCCCCUGAACGGGCGGAAGCUGGGCCGGAGCGCACGGGUGGGCCACGACGUUCACUUCAUCUGCAAUGCUGGAUUUCAGCUGGUGGGCUCGGAGUCGCGCACCUGCCGGAGGGACCGCACCUGGAGCGGCACCCAGCCCUUCUGCAGAAGUAUCGAUGAAUGUUCCAGCAACCCGUGUGCCAACGGUGGGACCUGCGUGGAUGGCAACCAGAGCUACACAUGCCUGUGUCCUCGGGGCUGGUCAGGAGCCAGCUGCCAGAGCCCUGUCUAUGCCUACUGGGUGACACUGAGCAACUCAUCCUUCAGCCGUCAGCCCCGCUGUGCUGAGGGACGCCCAGGCUCGCGGCACUGCAGCUGUGAUGUCGGCUUCCAGAUGCGAGCAGGAGGUGUUUGCCAAGAUGUGGAUGAGUGCCAGCUUUUCCAGCCUAACCCCCAGACCCGGAUCUGCCUCCAUGAUUGCCUCAACCUCCCUGGCUCCUACGGUUGCCUCUGCCCACCGGGGUAUGUGCUCCAUGCCGACCGCAACACCUGUGAGGAUGUGGAUGAGUGCAGUGGGAACCAGCACAACUGCACCCACGGCGAGCUCUGCAUCAACACCUUCGGGGGCCACCGCUGCGUGCGCCCCAAGUGCCCCCCACCACGCCACAACACCAGCUAUGUCAAGACCUCCAGCUUCCAGUGUGAGAGGAACCCCUGCCCCACAGACAGCCGAGCCUGCCGCCUGGCCGCCACCUCCAUCUCCUUUCACUACCUGCCACUCCAGGCCAACCGCACCGUGCCCCGCGUCCUCUUCAAGAUGUCCACCACCCGCUUUGUGGGUGACAGCCUGCGCUUCACCAUCAUAGGCGGCCGGGGCCAGGGCGUCUUUGCAGUGCGGCGCUCCGACCGGCAGACGGGAGAGCUGGUGCUCAGCAGCCCGGUGGUGGGGCCAGCCACGCUGGAGGUGGAGCUGGAGAUGAGCGAGUUCUCCCGCAAGGUGCUGCUGGGCAAGCACAUCUUCAAGGUCACGGCCUUUGUGUCCCAGUAUGAGUUCUGAGAUGCGGCUCUGCUGGAGGCAGAUGUGGCUCUGUCCUGCGGAGCGAUGGAGUGGGAUCAGCGUGGUGACCUCAGCCCUCAUCCUGUUAGAGCCGUUUCUUGGAGUUGGCCUCAGUGUGUCCUUCCAACUCGGGAGAUGCUAUGAUAUCCUAGGAUUCCUCCUGCUUGCUCAUGGCUGUUAGAGCGUAGCAGAAGAACCCCCGCUCAUAGCUGAUGCUGCUAGAAGGAAUCGAGAAGCCGUGCAGAGGGUUACAGCAGGAAGGGACCCAUCUGUGCCAGCCUGCUGUGCCCCCUCAUGCCUCAUACCAAUAAAAGAAAACUGCCUGUAAGGAGGGUGUCCUUGCUCUGUGACAAACAUCUUUUGUGGUGCCUGGCUCACGCUCAGCCCUAUGGGCAGGAACACCAGAGGCACAGAAAGAGCAGCAGGGCUCCCAGCUGGGCCGGGGUCAGUGGCUUUCUGUCCCCUCAACCCACCAACACAGGGCAGGCCACGGGGGAGGGAAAGGCCCUGAGCCCCACGCAGGGCAAGGAGCGAGGAGGGCCUCUGUGGACGGGCUCCUGAGGCCGCCCCCACACAAAGCAGCCGCUGUGCGCGGCCCAUAAAGCCCUCCUUGUGCUGCGGGCACCGCUCGCCAGCACCUGAGGGCCCGGCAGUGGGGGGAAACCGGUUCACACAGCGGCUGUGCGGACGGCGGCCCUGCAACCUGCCAUGGCGCACGGGAGCGGCGAGCCGCGCUGAGGCGGGAAGCGAA